UUCACACACCCAAUCCUCUCAGAUUCGCACCGCUGUAAUGCCCAUGAAUUGGAGCCAAUAUGCUUUAUUCUAUAUAAACAAUCCAAAUAUUAUAGCUAAAAUAGCAGUAGUCCAAUAUUACUUGCAGCAUUAUUUGUUUUCUACUUGCAUACUAAAUGGUUGCAGCGGGCAACCGCGUGACGACCGACGGCUGAUUCGUCAGUAUAGAGAGGAGCAGAAAAAUAAUCCAGGACAUAUAGAGAGUUCUGAUUGAAUUUUUUCAAGUAUCUGCGUUAACUGACUGUAUGUUACGAAUGAGAAAUAUUAUCGCCAAAAUACGUUUAAAAACGCGGGUUCUGGUUUGGAGGAUUGGUGAAUGUGCGGACACGGAUCGCGCGUUAGCCCCUUUGUUCGUUAGCUUCAGUUCCUGGUGUUAUUCAAUGUGUGAUGAUCAGAAUUCAUAAAGGAUAUAUUAAUUCAGCUCAAACUCUUCUGCUGUGAAUUAAACUCAUCUCAGUGUGAAUUCUCAUUCUCGGAGUGAGCGUGAAAUCCGCCGUGGACUCUGGAGUAAUGUAAGCCAGACCUGUCGUGAGCAUUGACGGCAUGGGGCUGGACUUUGACGUGAAGACGUUCUGCCACAACCUCCGGGCGACCAAACCCCCCUACGAGUGUCCGGUGGAGAGCUGCCGUAAGGUCUACAAAAGCUACAGCGGCAUCGAGUACCACCUGUACCAUUAUGACCACGACAACCCGCCUCCACCGCAGGGCAGCCCGCAGAAGAAGCGCAAGGGCCGCCCGCCGCGCUCCAGCUUGCCCGGCUCUGCCGACGGCCCUGACUCCAGCACGGGAUCUGGGGUUCCCGGGCAAGCGGCGACGCCGGGCAGCCCGGCUGAACGCUCGGAGCGCUCGCACUCGCCCGUCAGAGAGACCAUGACCUACGCCGAAGCGCAGCGGAUGGUGGAGCUGGAGAUCCGCGGGCGGGUUCACCGCAUCAGCAUCUUUGACAACCUGGAUGUGGUCUCGGAGGAGGACAGCGGCGCCGAAGAGCCUCCGUCGGCGGGAAUGGGCGCGUGUAACGGCGGCGAGGCCGGGGGAAUCGGCAAGGACAGACUGGAUGGUUCUGCGGCCAAUGGGGAGAAAGGGCCUCAGAAAACUGGAAAGCACAAGAGCAAAGAGAAGAAGAAAGACAGCGGCUCACACCAUCACAUGAACCCGCCCGGGCCGGCCGUCAAGCUGCCUGAGGUGGUGUUUCGAGAGCUGGAUCAGGAGAGACCGGACGCGCCCCCUCGACCCAUGUCUUACUACAGGUACAUUGACAAGUCUGCCGAGGAGCUGGAUGAAGAGGUGGAGUAUGAUAUAGAUGAGGAAGACUACAUCUGGCUGGACAUCAUGAAUGACCGGCGUCGUGCUGAUGGCGUGGCGCCCAUCCCUCAGGAAGUGUUUGAGUAUCUGAUGGACCGGCUGGAGAAGGAGUCUUACUUUGAGAGCCACAACAAGGGCGACCCCAGCUCUCUGAUCGAUGAAGAUGCCGUGUGCUGUAUCUGUAAUGACGGCGAGUGUCAGAACAGCAACGUCAUCCUGUUCUGUGACAUGUGUAACCUGGCAGUGCAUCAGGAGUGCUACGGCGUUCCCUACAUCCCAGAGGGCCAGUGGUUGUGUCGCCGCUGCUUGCAGUCGCCCUCCAGAGCCGUGGACUGCGCCCUCUGCCCCAACAAGGGCGGCGCUUUCAAGCAGACGGACGACGCACGCUGGGCACAUGUAGUGUGUGCACUCUGGAUCCCAGAGGUGUGUUUUGCAAAUACGGUCUUCCUGGAGCCCAUCGACAGCAUCGAGCACAUUCCUCCUGCCCGCUGGAAGCUGACCUGCUACAUCUGCAAACAGCGUGGCUCUGGCGCCUGCAUCCAGUGCCACAAAGCCAACUGCUACACUGCCUUCCACGUCACCUGCGCCCAACAGGCCGGCCUCUACAUGAAGAUGGAGCCCGUGCGUGAAACCGGCGCAAACGGGACUUCGUUUAGCGUGCGCAAAACGGCCUACUGUGACAUUCACACACCGCCUGGCUCCGCCCGACCACUGGGAGGUGUGGGCGGAGCCAGUGUGGGCUCCUCCCACAGCGAGGGCGAGGCAGAGGAUGAGGAGGAUACUGCAGGCGGCGAGGAGGAUGGAAAGGGAUGGAGCUCAGAGCGGGCGAAGAGGGCCAAAGCAAAAUCACGGCUGAAGAUGAAAAGGGCCAGAAAGAUCCUGGCUGAGAGGAGAGCGGCCGCACCGGUGGUGUCAGUGCCGUGUAUUCCACCACACAAGUUGAGUAAGAUCACCAGUAACCUGACGGUGCAGAGGAAGAGUCAGUUCAUGCAGAGACUGCACAGCUACUGGACGCUGAAGAGGCAGAGCCGCAACGGCGUUCCUCUCCUGCGACGUCUGCAGACGCACCUGCAGUCCCAGCGCAAUGCCGAGCCACUCCCCCCCACGAGGGACGGCGAGGAAAAGCACUCGGUGUUGAAGGAGCAGCUGAAAGCGUGGCAGAGACUCCGGCACGACCUGGAACGAGCCCGACUGCUGGUGGAGCUCAUCCGCAAGAGAGAGAAGAUCAAGAGAGAGGCUAUCAAGGUGCAGGAGUUGGCGUUAGAGAUGCAGUUGACUCCAUUCCUGGUGUUGAUGCGCAGCACUCUGGAGCAACUGCAGGAGCGAGACACCAGUAACUUCUUCACUGAGCCUGUACCUUUAAGUGAGGUCCCAGAUUACCUGGACCACAUCGAGCGUCCGAUGGAUUUCCAGACCAUGUGGAAGUGUUUGGAGUCACAUCGCUAUCUCAGCUUUGAAGCUUUUGAGGCUGACUUUCUGUUGAUUGUCAACAACUGUUUGAAGUACAACGCCAAAGACACUGUUUUCUACCGCGCCGCGCUGCGAUUGCGAGAAGCGGGCAGCUCUGUUUUGAGGCAAGCGCGCAGACAUGCAGAGAGAAUCGGCCUGGAUUAUGAGACGGGCAUGCAUCUUCCUCGGGAACCGAGCCCGGAUUCACCGCACGAGCGAGAGAGAGAUCGAGAAAGAGAACGAGAGCGAGACAAAGAGAGGGACCGAGAGAGAUCAGCGUCACUCCUUGAUGACGAUUUCCUGCCGGACAGUCGGCGGCGUUUGCCUCUGGAGGAGCAGCUGCAGAUCCUGCAGGCGCGCUAUGAUGAGGUCAUGUCAGGGAAGCACAGCAUCGGUCAGUCGCGGCGAGCCAAAGCCCUGAAGAAAGAGAUGACGGUCCUGAAGCGUAAGCUGGCACACCAGCGCGAGGGCAUCUGCGGCCUGGGCGGCCACGAGUCGGGUCUGUCGCUGGAGCGCGGCUCGGUCCUCGCACAUCACGCCUCGGGAGGAGCCCGACACGAUGAAGGAGAGAGCAGCAGCCACGAGAUCAGUGGGAAAGAUCUGAGCACGUCGUCUUCUGCGCUGGCCCCUGAGGUCGGCCGGCGCACCUCUGUCCUCUUCUCCAAGAAGAACCCUAAAGCCGCCGGACCUCCCAAGCGCCCCGGUCGACCCCCGAAGAACCGCGAAAGCCUGCACGGGCCGGGAGUGUUGAGCUCCAGUGCCAUCGGCCCACCGCAGCUUCCCUCGCUCACCCCGUCACGCAAGAGACCCCACAGUCCUCAGUCCAGCUCCAGCUCGGAGUCCGACAGCGAACACGAUCACCUCAUACUGGAUCUUCACAGUAAUGGUUUCGGUGGAAGUGGUCAGCCGAAGACAGAGAGUUUUCUGGUGUACAGGAACGAACGCAGUCUGCCACGCUCCAGCUCUGACUCGGAGUCCACCAGCAGCAGCAGCAGCAGCGCUGCGUCCGACCGGACCAGCACCACUCCCUCUAAACAGGGUCGUGGGAAGGCCUCGUUCUCACGCUCGGCGUUUCAGGAGGACAGCAGCGAGGAGACGUCCGGCACGGAGAACGACUCCUACUCCAUGGGAGGAUCCCGAGGAGUGUCUCACUUGGUUCGAGGCAGGGGCCGAUCGGGAUGCUGGAUGAGUUCAGAUGACUACAGCUCUUUGGAUGCUCUCGAUCUGGUGUGGGCCAAGUGCAGAGGAUACCCAUCAUACCCCGCUCUGAUCAUUGAUCCCAAGAUGCCUCGAGAGGGUGUGUUCCACCGGGGCGUCCCAAUCCCAGUCCCGCCUCUGGAGGUGCUGAAGCUGGGAGAGCAGAUGACGCAGGAGGCUCGGGAACAUCUCUUCCUCGUGCUUUUCUUCGACAACAAGAGGACCUGGCAAUGGCUGCCGCGCUCCAAACUGGUUCCUCUGGGCGUCAAUCAGGAUCUGGACAAAGAGAAGAUGCUGGAAGGCAGAAAGUCAAACAUCAGGAAGUCGGUUCAGGUGGCGUAUCAUCGCGCCAUGCAGCACCGCAACAAAGUCCAGGGCGACCCCAGCAGCGACACCAGCGACAGCGACUGAACGCACACGGGUCACGACUGAAACACACUCUAAUCUCUACUCUGGUGCUAAAGUGCUUCACGUGUCAUCAGGACGAGUGUUUUAAUGUUAGAUGUGGCUGUGUGUGACUUCUCCCAGGUGCAGUCAUGGACACACAGUCCGUUUACCUCACACUACAGCCAGUAUUCAAGAUUUGAUCAAAACACUUUCUCAGACUGUGUAUGGCAGAAAAAAACUGCGAUUCUAAAAAUGCGAAUGAAACCGCAAACCCCAAGCACUGCAAAAAAAGAUGUUCUUGCUCAGUGUUUCUGUCUUGUUUUCCAGCACAAAUAUCUAAAGAUUCUUAAAUCAAGAUACAUUUACUGGAGAAGAGAAAUGACUGAAGAUAUUAAGACUAAAAUUGUCAAAAUGAAGUUUAUGGUUAAAAUAAGAACAAAUAUCUGCUGGUAGGCUCAGAAAAAUAAACUUAAUUCAAAGGGAAAACAAGAAUUUUUUUUUAAUGAUAUUUGUUCUUGUUUUAUGUAUUCAUUUUGACACAUUUUUCAAAAAAACAAGACUCAUUUUACUUCUCCAGUAAAUGUGUCUUGAUUUAAGAACGUUUAGAUGGAAAACCAGACAGAAAUACUGAGGAAGAACAUCAUUUUUUUUUCAGUGAAUUUAGCACACCUGAACUGUGAUCUGCUGUCGAGAAUCCAUGUAAAUGUUAGUAAAUGAGGCUGACAUGAAGAGCAUGCUACACAUUUAUGGAGAGGAUGCAGAAAAGUCAAAUGUGGUAAUGUAUUUAUUUGUUCUUCCAAAUGCCCCUGAUCAUCCCAUGAAGUCCCCGCACACCCUCAGCUCGUGAAAUGGUGAAUCUGUCGGUGUUUGUUUUGUAAAUCUCUUGUGCUCUGUAUUUUCAUUGAGAAUGAAUGAAAGAAUCCAUGACUAACUGUUGUCUGAUCAUGUGCCAGUUCUGUCACUGUAGAUCUUUUAUAUAUAUAUAUAUAUAAAUAAUACAUGCGAUAGACUUUAAUAAAAAAGGUUUGAGUUUUGUA